AGCAGGUCCAGUGUGCAGGGCCACCCAUUGAAGAAUACAAGCUGUAUCUGCACUUAUCCAGGGGGUAUCGUGGCAGCUAUCACCCAUGACCCGGAGACCAAGGCUCAGAGGCUGAGCAGGAGCUCAAGAUGCAGGUGAUUAGAUCAGUGGAAAGGCACAUGACCCACAAGUCUUCUCUCAGUCCACAAUUCUGCCUAAUAAGGUGCUGGCUCCUUGUUGCUGGCAGGAGUAAAACCUUGGAAGCCCCACCUCAGCCAUUCCCACAAAUACCUGGAAUUCCAACCAGGUAAACCAUCACGGUGCUGCUAGUAAUGAAACCUACCAGGAACGCUUGGCACGUCUAGAAGGAGAUAAGGAGUCCCUCAUAUUACAGGUGAGUGUCCUCACAGACCAAGUGGAAGCCCAAGGAGAGAAGAUCCGGGAUCUGGAAUUGUGUCUGGAAGGACACCAGGUGAAACUUAAUGCUGCUGAAGAGAUGCUUCAACAGGAGCUGCUAAGUCGCACAUCUCUUGAGACCCAGAAGCUUGAUCUGAUGACUGAAGUGUCUGAGUUGAAGCUCAAACUGGUUGGCAUGGAGAAAGAGCAGAGGGAGCAAGAGGAGAAGCAGAGAAAAGCAGAGGAGUUACUGCAAGAACUCAGGCACCUCAAAAUCAAAGUGGAAGAGUUGGAAAAUGAGCGGAAUCAGUAUGAAUGGAAGUUGAAGGCCACUAAGGCUGAGGUAGCCCAACUGCAGGAGCAGGUAGCCCUGAAAGAUGCAGAAAUUGAGCGUCUACACAGCCAGCUCUCCCGGCCCACGGCCCACAGUGACCAUGCAGAGAGAGACCAAGAAAUUCAAUGUCUGAAAAUGGGAAUGGAAACUUUGCUUGUUGCAAAUGAAGAUAAGGACCGUCGGAUAGAGGAGCUUAUGGGGCUGUUAAACCGGUACCGGCGAGUGAACGAGAUCGUGAUGGCAACUCAAGGGCCUUCAGAAAGAACUCUCUCAAUCAAUGAAGAAGAACUGGAUGGAAGUUUCAGAAAGUGGAAUGCUGUAAAUAAAGGACCUGAAGAAUUAUUUAAGCCAGAGAUGCCUCCAAGAUGUAGCUCUCCCACAGUGGGGCCACCACCACUGCCACAGAAAUCACUGGAAACCAGGGCUCAGAAGAAACUCUCUUGUAGUCUGGAAGACUUGAGAAGUGAAUUUGUGGAAAAGGGCGUCGACAGGAACCAGCUCUCCCCAGUGGUACAACACAAGGAUAGCCCUUUCCUGGCAGAGCACAAAUGCCCCACAUUACCUGGGAAGCUUUCAGGAGCCAUGCCCAAUGGAGAGGCUGCCAAAUCUACUCCCACUGCCUCCCAGCCUGACCCCACAGGGAGUGGCCUGCUGAGACUGAGAGAAACAGAAAGUAGUUGGGAUGACACUGCCAUGGCCAACAACCUCUCAUCCACCUCAUCUGGGACUGAGUCAGGCCCCCAGUCUCCUCUGACACCAGAGGGUAAACAGAGCCCCAAGGGCAUCAAGAAGUUCUGGGGAAAAAUCCGAAGAACUCAGUCAGGCAAUUUCAACACUGAUGCUCCUGGGAUGGCAGAGUUUCGAAGAGGUGGGCUCCGGGCAACUGCAGGACCAAGACUCUCCAGAACCAGAGACUCCAAGGGUCAGAAAAGUGAUGCCAGUGCCCCCUUUGCCCAGUGGAACACAGAGCGUGUAUGUGCGUGGCUGGAGGACUUCGGCCUGGGUCAGUACGUGAUCUUUGCUAGGCAGUGGGUGACGACUGGUCACACAUUACUGACAGCUACUCCUCAGGAUAUGGAAAAGGAGCUGGGAAUUAAGCACCCUCUACACAGGAAGAAGCUGGUUUUAGCAGUGAAAGCCAUCAACACUAAGCAAGAGGAGAAGUCUGCACUGCUAGACCACAUUUGGGUGACACGGUGGCUUGAUGAUAUCGGUCUACCCCAAUACAAAGACCAAUUUCAUGAAUCCAGAGUUGAUGGACGAAUGCUGCAAUACUUAACUGUGAAUGAUCUACUCUUCUUAAAAGUCACCAGCCAGCUACAUCAUCUCAGCAUCAAAUGUGCCAUUCAUGUGCUGCAUGUCAACAAGUUCAACCCCCACUGUCUACACCGGCGGCCAGCUGAUGAGAGUAACCUUUCUCCUUCAGAAGUUGUGCAAUGGUCCAAUCACAGAGUGAUGGAGUGGUUGCGAUCUGUGGACCUGGCAGAGUAUGCGCCCAACCUUCGAGGAAGUGGCGUCCAUGGAGGUCUCAUUAUCCUGGAGCCACGCUUCACUGGGGACACACUGGCUAUGCUCCUCAAUAUCCCACCACAAAAGACGCUCCUCAGACGCCACCUAACCACUAAAUUCUAUGCCCUGAUUGGUCCUGAGGCUGAACAGGAAAAGCGAGAGAAAAUGGCCUUACCAGCCUAUACAGCCUUGACCACCACAGCCAAAGUCCGGCCAAGGAAACUAGGAUUUUCACAUUUUGGAAACAUAAGAAAAAAGAAAUUUGAUGAAUCGACGGACUACAUUUGCCCGAUGGAGCCCAGUGAUGGUGCUGGUGAUGGCCACAGUGUCUACAGUGGCUACCGGUGCCUUGGCCCUCUUGAUGCCCCUGAACUAGAUGGGCUGGACCAGACUCUGCUGAGCCAGGACCAGCUGCUGAACGACUCUCGCCUGGCUGCUCCAGGCUCUGAUAACUGGAGAUGACUUCCUUCAUGGCCGAGAGCCCAGAGAGGCACGUGUGGGGACCCUGAGUCUUUGCUUCAAUGAGGAGCUGGCACACAGCCAUCUGUGGAGCCCAGAAUGGGCUGGGGCUGGUGGGGGCAUCUCAGACACACGUGCUAACAGGAGCAGAGAUGUGAAACAGAUGUCCCAGAGAUGGCCUCAGUGUCCCUAUGUGUUUUCAGCCCUGCUGUGCGCUUCACCGCAGCUUUUCUACCUGUUCUAUUUUUAUAUGUAGACUGCAGACCACUUUUGCAGGAGGGCACUGAGGUCUUCGCAUACAGACUCAAUGGCUCAUGCUGUUCCUGGUGACAGCUGAGAGGCUUUUAUACCAGAAGGGAGGGGCUGUUGGUUCAUAAAAGCUCUGCUGGGAAAAAAAAAAAUGUUCUCAAUCAUCUGUUGUGACCAAGCUCAGCAAAAUGGUAACAGGGUGCCCCCUACUGGGCUGCUUUGAAGGCACGUGCAAGUAUUUUCAUUCACUUGAAUCGGGCAGGGUGAGGGGAUUUAGAGUGGCGGGUGAGAGCAGAAAAGGAGCCAUAAGACUCCUUUCCUACUGCCCCGUCUGCCUUCAAUCUACCCUCAUCUGCAGUGGGCAUCUGCUGAUUCCUAGGUGUUGCUGGGCCUCACAGCGUUCUAGCAAAGGAGUCCCUAAUACACACAGACACAGGCCCUCUCCCUCUUCCCAAGCUCACCAGCGCACACUCAGAAUCUCUGUCCUACCAUUGCCUCUCAUCAUCCUCAGGUGUAACUGAUUAAACAUCUUCCCCCUCAUUGGAGGGCCCCUGCACGCCCCAAACUCAACAUGUUUCCACAACAACUCACCAUCUUCCCAAACAAGCCUGUUCCCUCUUGUGUCUCCUGUGUCAGUCAGAGGCACCACCAUGCUUUGUCAUACAGGGUUAAAACUGAGACUACACCCUCAGUUCCUUCCCCAGUGAAUCAGUUGCCAAAUGCUCUCCAGCUCCCUAAGUGAUUCUGCCCCUUCAUCUCCCUCCUCCUGUGACUGCUCUAGUUCAGGCCUUAUCUCUCAACUCAUUAUUGACUGCAGCUGGUCUCCUGCUACUUGGUACCUCAUCUCUCCAGUUAGUCCUCUCAGGCAUGUUCUCUACUCCAUCCCCAGGGUGACCUUCCCAAAGCACCAUUUUAAUCCUGUCACCUUUCUGCUCACAAGUCCUCAGUUAUAGAAUUACCACAGGAUAGAAGUAAAAAUUCUGAGCCCAAUAUCCAAGGUCCUUUAUAGUGAUUCAGCACACUGGCUGUGUCAGCCUUCAUGAACCCACCACUCUCUACCCAAAUCCACUGUUCGAGGCAUGUGCCCCCUUUCUGCAUCAUUCCUCACUAUGGAAUGCGUUUUUUCUAGCCCCCUUCACAUGGCCAAAUCUCACCUGUCAAGGCCCAGUACAAACACUCUUACAGGAAACCUUUGUUGAUGUUUCAGUUGCAGGUCAACUCUAUCCCAUAAUGUUUUGUCCUUUUCAAGACAACAGCACUU